UAUAUAUAGAAUAUAUUGCUGAUCAAGCCGAAAAGUGGUCCGGAAGAACAAUGAGGCUUUGAGGUUUUUCAGCAGGUUUCUGGAAAACCUUAAACCAAUGUCCAGCUGGAAUUCACCUUUUUCGUCUUCGACUAUAAUUUAUGAGCUGUUCUAAGCGUUUCCUGAAAUUUUCUUGGGUCAGCAUGAGGUUUGAGUGAGAUAUAAGGAUGAUAACAGGUGAUAAACUAGUUGUUUACAAAGAUGCCCCUGACGAAGUUAUUUUCAUUUCUACAUAAAAACAAAUAUUGCCAUUAUGCUCAGCAUAGUCGAUUACCUAUAUUUUAUGGCCCUUCGAGAUUCCCAGAGAUGUUUACUCGGAGAUAGACGCGUGCUCGGGGAAAGCGAGUCCUGUCCGAACGACGAUAGCUAGAGAGGUGGGACUUGUAUAAUCUUUUAGAGUAACGGCCGGACCACCUACGCAAGCAAAAAAAAUUACUAACAUUAUAUGUUAGUUUUCUGAGAACGGGACUGGUUUUCCAAAGAUCCGUUGGAAAAUCGGAGUUCCAGAAAAUUUGGGAACACGUUUCUGCUUACAAAAGCAUGUCUUAAGACCUUGGCUAUUUAAUAGUGGAAAUCGCAGAUCACUAUCUCAUCUUUGUAAACAGUUAUUAGCAAAACUCUCACAAUCAUCGUGUUUUGCAACGGAUGGUAGAUACAUGGCUUAGUCAGACUGAAGAUUGGACGGGACGGGACUGUAACUGAAGAUGUAGAAGAUUCUGACUAAUUUUUUCACAGUUGUGACUGGUUUUUUAAGUUAAAAUUUGAAAAAACGCGAAAAGAGAAAAGAAAUUGAAGUCAGUCUUCUAUCUGUCUCAUAUUUGACUCCAAACUGGAAAAGCUCUUAGCUAUUAAGAUGUAAAGAAACACUCAUUCGGCAAAAAUACCAAAAAGAGGCAUGUAAUUACGUAAACGAAUCGAAAAAAGGAAGACACAGACUGAUUCUGGACACAGACCAGUUUUCGAACUGGGACUGGACUUGGACUGAAAACUUUUAACUGCUGGGCAGACUGAGGCUGGUUUGAACGUAGCCUCCAGCGGACUGAGACUGGAGUAGAGCAUUAUUACACACAAAAACAUUGAAAGUUUGGACUUCAAACCGCAGUUUUACUUUUUAUUGGUUAUUGUUUUAUGAAACCCUCUGAGAUAGCGGAAAAACACUUUUUUCGAGAAGCUACAUAGAUCUGCAGAGCGAAAAAUUCUCUAUCGAAUGAAACAGGAACAAAAUUUUUACACUAUAAUCAAACGUCUCAAAAAACGAAGCAAAAAUGCCCCGAUUAUUCUCGCCCACCAGUUCCAGUUGUUAUGUUGCAUCUUUGAACAAAACUGUGAUAUGUGACUUUCAAUAUUAUUACAGGUAUCGACACUAUCAUCAUCCAAUGAAACAUGGAAUAUUUUCGAUAAUCCCACAACAACAACUGAUAGUAUUCCAAUAACGGCGGCAGAUAAUGAUGAAAAUGCUCUUAUCGAUGAUGCAAAUAUGGAUGAUUUUUUCAAUGAACAAAUUGCAAAAUUACAUAUCCCAUUUUCAUUAACUGAAACAAGCAAUAUGCAACCUACCACAUCUAUCAAUUCAACAGUCACAGCUCUUUUUUCUAGUGGAGUACAGUCAACAAGGGAUCAAUUACCAUUGGAGCAAGUUCGAGAAAUACAACAUCGACAAAAACCACAACCAUGGAAGAAAACCGAUAGGGAACAAAAACUGGAACAACAACUCAUAGAACUUCAGAAUCGAGAAGCAAGAGUUGAAGAAAAACAAAAACAAUUAACACAACAACAAGCCGAAAAUCAACAACAACUAAUGAAUGCCCAAAUUACUCAAGCAAAAGUUCAGGAACAAAUUCAGGCAAGUGUAGUAGAAAACAAUAAUCGACAAUUACAGGAACAAUUUAAAGAACUGAAGCAUCAACAAGCAACAGCAGUUCAAAAACGACAACAGCUUUUCCAGCAAGAAGCAGAACUGCAACAGCAGCGAACCCAAGACAAAAUAGAACAACUAAAGCUUCAACAACAAUUACAAGAUUCAACAGAACAGACAAAAGAAAAAGAACGACACUUAGAAGAAUUACAUGAAAAAUUUGAACAAUUACAAGCUAUAGCUGACCAAAAAGAGCAACUGCUAGUACAACUGCAAGCGGAAAAAAAUGAAUUAAACAAAAAACAAGUCGGUGAAGCGAACCAAGCUGAACUAAUAGAUUCAAAUGGAAAAGAUAGUAAAUUACGUGAAGUUUUGGAAAAAUUGAAACAAGAAAAAGAACAACUAGCACGAUUAGAAGUUGAAAAAAACGCUCUCAAAAAGCAAGUUGAUAUGGAACAAGUUCAACUUCAAGAGCAAAUUCAAGAAUCAGCAGAAAAAACAAAAGAAAAUAAUCAGCAAUUGAAUGAAUUACUGGGACAGUUGAACCAAGAACAAGUCAAAGUGCAACAAAAAGAAAAACAAAUUGCACAAUUACAAGGUAAUGCUAAAAAAGAUAUAGAUCAAAUAGAAUUACAACAAAAACAAGCACAAGAACAAAUUCAACAACAAUUGAAUGAUUCUGAAGAGAAAAUGAAUGAAAAAGAUCGACAACUAAAAGAAUUACUAGAACAAUUUAAACAACAAAAAGCAAAAGCUGAUGAAAAAGAAGAACAACUUUUACAACUACAAGAAAAAAACAAGAAGCAAAAAACUGAAAUGGAAUCUGAACGAGAUAAAACUCAAAAAAAUAUUCAGGAUGAAAUAGAAAAUACUAAAGAUCCAAAUCAGUUAGAAGAAUUAUUUAGAAAAUUAGAACAUUUAGAACAGCAAUUGAAACAAGCUGAAAAAGCAGAAAAAGAACUAAGAAAACAAUUAGCUGAAAAUGAAGCACAAAAAGAGAGAAUGGAAAUGGAACAGCGUAAAGUACAAGAAGAAUUAAAAAAUCAGCUACAAUCUGCAAAUGAAAAAACAAAAGAUAAGGAACAACAGUUACAAAAAUUAUUUGAGAACAUUGAACAAUUGAAACAGCAACAAAGAGAAGCUGAACAAAGGGAACAGUAUUUGACUCAAUUACGAGCACAAAAUAAAAAAUUAACAGAUCAAAUGGAACACCAACAACAAGAAAUCAAAGAACAAUUAGAAAAAUUAAAACAACAAACCACUGACAAACAAAAACAAAUGGAACUAUUGCAAGAAAAACUUGAACAUUUGCAAGACGAACAACGAAAAGCAGAAGAAAAAGCAGGAGAUUUAGCCCAAUUAUUACAAACAAUCAAAACCACUAAUUAUCACAAUUUACCAUUCGAGUUAGUUAACGAAUAUUUAGUAAAUCGAAUUCACUCCAUAGAAAAACGUUUGGAAAAUGUUAAACAACUACCAAUCCUCGAUGAAGAUGAAAAGGAUUAUUUGGAACAUAAAAUACCACACUUAAUUAUUGAAACAAAUGAAACUAAUUAUAAAAUGAUUCUAGCUGGGUUUCAAGUUCAUCAUGACGAAUUUAACUUAUUUCUUGAACAAAUUGUUACCCUUUACAAUGUAGUCCAAAAAGCCAUCAGUUAUUAUGAUCAACAUUUAAAACAAAUUUUAAAAAGAAUAACAUUACUGGUAAAAAAAGUUAAAUCUAAUCCACCACAAUACUGGAAACAAUACUCAGAAACAUUUCUUGAUUUAUUACAAAAUAAAGCAAAAGAAUAUUCAAAAUUAUUUGAUGAAUUUAUAACAAAAAAGUCAAAAACGAUCUAUGCUGAUAAAUGUGUUGAAGAUUCAAAGCAGCAGUUCAAACCAUGGCUUGACUUGAGACGAGAAACAGAAGACUAUAUGAAGAAAAAUCCGUUUGAUGAUGAAAUUGAGAAAAUAAAACAGCAAGCUUUAGAUGAAUUUAUUAAACAAACUAUUUAUCAACAACAGCUUAAAACAGAAAAAAAACCAACCGACAAGUCAAAAGCCGUAUUACGUCAAUUUAUUGAUGGUGUUAAAACAACAUUAAAAAACGAUAAACAAUAUGUUGGUCAAGAAUUAAAACAUUUUCAAAUGUUACCUGAACUGUUAAGACGAAUUAUUAUUUAUUAUAAAUGUUUUCUCGUUCAAUUACCAUUGUAUGAAUCAGCUGAAGAGUUAUUAAAAAAAAUUGAACAUAACACUGUUAUUACCAUUUCAACAUCAACCGGAUCAGGUAAAUCAACCUUAUUACCUCCUCUGUUAAUUGCUGAAGCUUAUGAUAAAGUAAUGGUUACUCAACCCCGACGUUUACCAUGUAAUAUGAUUUCCGAACGUGUUAAUUCAACAAUUUAUUCUGAUUUAAGUGGUUGGGCAAUAAGUGGUGCUGAAUCAAAUGUUAAAGCUAAAAUUGUUUUUCUGACCGAUGGUUUACUUAGAGAACGUUUACUUAACAACACAAAUUUUAUAACAGAAGAAACAAAAUUAAAUAAAUCUGUUGUGUUUUUUAUUGAUGAAGUACAUGAACGUUCAGUCAAUAUUGAUUUAUGUUUGGGUUUAUUAGCACGUCUGCUUACUGAAAAACCCCAAUUAAAAUCAAAAAUGAAAGUCAUUAUAUCAUCAGCCACCUUAGAUAAUUCUGUUCCCACUCUUUAUCGUCAUAUACCACAAUUAAAUUUUGAUGAAUUUAAAUUACCUUCAUUGGGUACACUCUAUAAUGUUACGAAACAUCAACGACAAGAUGCUAAUAUUCUUGACUUGGUUCAAGAACUCUAUCGCAAACGUCAACGUGACGAUCAAAUUUUAUGUUUUGUUAAUUCAACAUCAGACGUACAUCAAAGUUGUGAACUCUUAGCUUAUGUCAGUCAUGGUGCUAUUGUUGCUUAUCCUCUUGUACAAUCACAAUCAUCAAAAGAUCAACAAGAUAUGUUAAAAAAUGGUAGUGUUUUCUUUUCAACAACGGUUGCUGAAACAUCUUUGACAUUUCCAUCAUUAAGAUAUGUUGUGGAUACAGGAAUGAUAAAUAUACCUGUGUAUGAUUUGGAAACAAAAACAACUGUUUUGAAAGAAGUACGAGCAGCUGAAUCGACAAUUAAACAACGGCUAGGACGAUUAGGUAGAACCAAACCUGGUGAUUACUAUGCAUUGUAUGAUUACAAGGUUGAAGAUAAAAGAUAUCCAACUCCACAAAUAUGUCAAUCUGAACUAACAAAUAUUGAUUUUUCUCUACGAAAAUCAGCAUUGAAAAUGGGUUUAAAUGGAAUGAAACAAUUUCUACCUGAUGAACCAUCACAACCAGCUAUUGACUUAGCCCUGAAUCAACAAAGAAAACUACAAAUUUUAACAGCAGCUCCAAAUGAACAAUUCACUACUCAAGGCGUUGCGUUAGCCAAAUUACCUGACUUUGGUUCAUUACCCAUGUCCAUAUCAGUUUUAUCGGGUCUAACAAGUUAUCAAUGUGGCCGAGAUUUAAUUUGUUUGUCAUCCAUGUUAAGUGUCUUAAAUACAUCGGCUAUUAUUAAAGCUAUACCCAAUCAAUAUAAACGACCAGAAGGUGAUUUUAUGACUCUGUUACAAGUUAUGGAUGAAAUUUUAUUAGUUAAACAGUCUGUACCAGCACAACAAUUUGAUUUAAAUCAAGUAUGUCAAGCUAAGGGUUUAACAGCCAUCCAACAUGUUUUAAAUCAAGCUUUACGUCGCUAUACAAAUUUAGAAAAAUCAUUUAAUUUAUCUAAUGAAUAUUGUGAAGCAUCACAAAAAAAAUCUGGUAAUUGGAAAUUAAUAGCAAAAUCAUUAAUAAGUGGAUACAGUGAUCAUAUAUUUGUAUCUUUAAAAGAAAUUCAAGGUCGUAUACAUCGUUUUGAACGUUGGAAUUAUAAACAAAAACCACGUAUCGAUAUUGCGGUACUCGAUUUACAGUCAUCAUUAAUACGUUCGUUCACAACAGCACCUGUUGUUAUUGUAUUAGCACGUGAUGUACGAUAUGCAACGUCUAUACGUGCCAAGGCUGUUCUAUCAUUUUUAGGUGAAAUUAAAUCAGAAUGGAUUGAAUAUCAAUUAGAACGUCAAGUACCUUUAACAAACAAUGAAGUCGAAAAAUUAAAUAAAGAAAAUAUGCUUUUAAAUGUCAUGUCAACAUUUGAUAAUAUACAAAUACAUAUUGGACAAGAUGAACAACAACAACAACAGUUGAUAUUGCAAGGUUCAUCGGGUUCUGUGUUGGAUGUUGAAUUAGAUAUACGACAACAAUUAGUUACAGAAACAAAAUUUAAAUUAGAAAGUGAUGAUAAUAAUAUAAAUUUAAAACGUAAUUUAGAAAGUUUAACAAAAAUGACAAGAAUAUUUAAUCCAAUGAGAUGGCGUUGGGAAGCAGAACAACAAGUUCAAAUUACCAUUAAUAAUGCAAAUCAUCAAUUAGAAGUAUGGUCUCGAGGUAGAGAAGCACAAAAUAAUGCAGUUUAUAAUGAAUUUCAAUCAUUUUUAAGAUGGUUAAAAUAUUGUACUGUUAUUCGAAGUCCAAAUUCAGAAAUGGAGGAAAAAAUUUCGCAUAUCACUGAUAGUAAACGUACAAAAAUUGAUUUAUGGAAUGGUUUGCAAGGUUCAAAGUGCUCGCGCGAAACACGGAUGGAAUGUGUUGCAUGGAUAGCCGUGUGUAAAUUUGAUUGUCGAUUAGAAGGUGGUUUUAUUCGAGAUUGGGUUGUUGGUAAUUAUGUUGGUCGUCCAUCCGACUCUUCAUUACCACCAUCAAAAUGGAUUGAUUAUCAAAAAGGUUUACCAUUUAUUAAUAAAGAAGUGAUACCGUCGGACUUAGAUUUUCAUCUACCAAUUCAUGUUUACUUUGAUAUUGAAAAAUUUUUAGAUGAAUUACACCGAUAUCAAAUUGAUUUUAAAGUAUUCCGAGAAGAUUGGCGUUACGUUUUCCUGUUCGAUGAAAAUGCCAAAACGGGGCCAUUUACCAUGGAUUUAAUUGAGCCACAUAUAGCAUUAACACAUGAUCUCAUUGAUUUUGAUGUUAGUAAUUUAUCUUUAGAAAAAGAUUAUACAAAAGAAUUAGGUAUGAGAGUUGAUAUCACAUUACCACCAUAUUCAUUUGAUUUGGAAUCAACAGUUGAUAAUAUCAAAAAUAAACGUUUUCAAGUAUUACGUCCAAUUGAUGAAGAAAAUAUGAAAGAACGUAUAGCCAAAAUGGAAACACGUGGAUGGAAACAAACAGGUGAACCUGUUUUUGUUAUACCAAAUCCAUCAUCGAAAUAUAAUUUUCUUAUUGUUGCUCUACCAAAAUCGAUUCCAUUAUACAAAGCAUUAUCCCAAGAUAUGCAAAAAAUUGGUUCUACAAUAAAAAUAAUAUCAAUCGAACAAAUUAAAAAUCCACAUUUAGAAGAAACAUAUGAAUCAAUGAAACAACUAAUGGCAAAACAAUGUGAAAAUGAAAACCCAAAUGAACGUGAAUUAUAUCAUGGUACAAGAGAUGAUGGAAUUAAUGGCAUAUUAGAAUACGGCUAUGAUGAUCGGUUUUAUAAUAGAGACGGAGCAUGGGGACAUGGAAGUUAUUUUGCUGAUACUCCAAUAAAAUCUCAUGAAUAUACAGCUAAAUCAUCUAAGGAUCAUACACGUACAAUUUAUUAUAAUAAAGUCUUACUUGGUAAACAAUUUAAGAUGGAUGAAAUUGAUCAGCAUCUAGCAGCAGCACCAAAAGAUUAUCAUUCUAUACAUGGUACAGUAUUUAAAUUUGAUGAAUAUGUUGUUUAUAGAUACGGACAAGCAUUACCAUACAUAAAAAUAACAUAUACAUCAGAUUAG